UUGGACAAGAUGGCUGCUCUGACAGCGGAAAAUUUUGCCGCGCUGCAAAGCCUGCUGAAGGCCUCCUCGAAAGAUGUUGUCAGACAUCUGUGCCAAGAGAGCUUUCCCAGUUCAGCCCUUGGCUCAAAAAAGCUCUUGGACACCACAUGCUCCAGCCUGUCUGUGCCCCAGGAGGAGGCAGAGCAACUGCUCCAGGCUCUGCACCGCCUCACCAGGCUGGUGACCUUCCGUGGCCUGUCCUCCGCCGAAGCGAUCCUGGCUCUCUUUCCUGAAAACUUCCACCCAAACCUCAAAAACCUGCUGACCAAAAUCAUCCUGGAACACGUAUCUUCCUGGAGAACAGAAGCCCAGGCAAAUCAGAUCUCCCUGCCGCGCCUGGUGGAUCUGGACUGGAGAGUGGAUAUCAAAACCUCCUCAGACAGCAUCAACCGCAUGGCCGUCCCCACCUGCCUGCUCCAGAUGAAGAUCCAGGAGGAUCCCAGCCUGUGCGGGGACAGACCCUCUGUGUCAGCAGUCACCGUGGAGCUGAGUAAGGGAACGCUGGACACCAUGUUAGACGGGCUGGGCCGCAUCCGAGACCAGCUUUCUGCCGUGGCCAACAAGUGACCCCAGCAUGGCCAGGCCCGAUGCUCGACAGAGAUGGGGGGCCUCCCAAACCCAGCUGCCCUUGCAGCAACGAAGCCAACAGCAGAUGGCAGGGUUGGGGCCAGUGGUGGCGGCCGGCAGGCGCAGUUGGCCUGGGAGGAAGCAGCCAGCCCCCCCGUUCUCCUGGCCCGUCUUCUAUUUUUCUCUUUCUAAAGUUGGCAAUCAGACUCCAUCUUUGAAAGACCCCUGCGUGUGAUUUAAUUACUGCUGAGGCUGGGUGAGGGAGCAUUUGCUUUGUCAGCUGCCUCUGCAUGGCUGAUUGGAAACUCCAGACCCAAAUUGUGGAGCAUGUCUAAUAAGUUCCUUUCCAGCAUCAGCUCUAAUUAGUUCAUUUCCAGCCCUGGAACCAUGGAGGGAAUCAGGUGGGUGAUGCCAACAGCUUCUGCUUCUCUGGCAGAGAAGCCAGGCAGACCCACAGAGCAGGCCUCAGAUUGCCACCCCCUCGCCCCCAGCCCUAAGUCCAGGGCCUUUGCUCAGCUGUCCCAGUCCUGCUGCACUACCCGGUUAGUGCCAGAAGUCUGAAACGGGUGCUGAUUCCCUACUUUGUGAAACUGGGGGGCCCCUUCCUGGAUACAGUGCAGCCCAGAAUAUUAAAAAAAAAAAAAGAUUGGAAAUAAAUAA